AUGGAUAUUGAGUCAACAAUGGAAGCAAACAAGGGAGGGUUUUUUGUCCAUUGGAAGAACUGCCUCAAGGCUUUGCCUAGGAACAUCAAGUCUAUGGUUAUCAACUUCACAAGGAGCAUAACAAAGAUUGGAAAAGAUGACCCCAGACGAGUAUUUCACUCAUUAAAAGUUGCAUUUGCUCUUACCUUGGUUUCCUUGUUUUACUACUCGAGGCCUCUUUAUGAUGGUUUCGGAGUCGCUGGAAUGUGGGCUGUUCUGACAGUGGUGGUUGUAUUUGAAUUCAGCGUAGGUGCAACUCUCUGCAAAUGUUUAAAUAGAGGAUGUGCUACAUUAUUAGCUGGUGCUUUAGGAGUUGGAGGGCAACACUUAGCUUCUGCUUUUGGAGAAAGAGAAAAACCUAUUGUCCUUGGGAUCCUAGUCUUCAUUCUAGCCGCGGGAGCUACUUUUUGCAGAUUUUUUCCGAAGAUCAAGGCAAGAUAUGAUUAUGGGGUGGUGAUAUUUAUUUUGACGUUCUGUUUAGUUGCUGUGUCGGGGUAUCGAGUGGAAGAACUCUUUGAGCUUGCUCAUCAGAGACUUUCAACAAUUUUAAUAGGGGUAACAUCUUGCAUGAUCAUCUCCAUUUUCAUUUGUCCAGUAUGGGCAGGUGAAGACCUUCACAAGUUGGUAGCUUCCAACAUAGAAAAGUUGUCAAAUUACCUACAAGGAUUCGAAGUGGAAUAUUUUCAUUGCUCAGAGGAUAAAAAAAAGUGUGAGAAGUCAGUUCUUGAAGGAUACAAAACUGUUCUCAAUUCCAAAGCAAGUGAGGAGUCCUUGGCAAAUUUGGCAAGGUGGGAACCGGGACAUGGCCGUUUUCGUCUUCGACAUCCUUGGAAGCAGUACUUGAAGAUUGGAGCACUUACUCGGGAAUGUGCUUACAAGAUUGAAACCCUUAACAACUACCUUAACCCGGAAAUCCCUACAUCUUUGGAAUUCAAGUGUAAAAUUCAAGAACCAUGCACAAAGAUGAUUUCAGAAUCAAACAAGGCGUUAAAAGUAAUAUCUUCAUCAAUCAAAACAAUGACACAUCCAUCAGCUGCAAAAAGCCACAUCGAAAAUGCAAAAACUGCAGUUGAAGAGCUCAAAUUUGCCCUUGAAACUGUUUCUUUGGAAGAAGCUGAACUCCUAUCCAUAAUCCCUGUUGCCACAGUAGCUUCAAUACUCGAAGAAAUCACCAAGUCAGUGGAGAAAAUAUACGAGUCUGUUUCCGAGCUUUCUCACUUAGCCUACUUCAAGAGUGUUGCAGAACCCAAUGUGUCACCAGAGAAGCCACACCUCCUUCAUCGAGGUAUCAUAAAACCUGUUGUGGAUAUUGAAAACACAGUCGACCACGUUGAAAUCACGAUCCCAGAGAUAACCACAGAUUCACCAGAAAAAGAAAAGACAGCAAAACCCUCCGAACAUAUGUAAAUAGUUUUCACUAACUUGAGACUAGUAAUAUGUCAUUGCUCAACUUUUUAUUCCUUAGUUGGGUUAACUAGUCUCCCA